CCUGACCCACCCCCCUUGCCUCCAAAUUCUGCCUCCCCCCCCCCAAGUGUAUAAAACCCUUUGCUCCUUUCCUUUGCUUGCAUUUUCCUCGCAAAGAGACCAGCUUUUGGUGCAAACCUUCUGCCCCGUCUCCCGCCCCACCCACACGGCAGACAUCCCUGACACUUGCCCCUGCCCAUCCCUCAACCGAACAUCCCGGCAGGCGGAAGAACUCCUGAGGAUCAUGGCCAGCGUCGAACUGACCGAGCUUGAGGCAGCCAUUGAGAAAAUCGUCUCUGCCUUCUUCACGUGUGCCAGCCGUGAGGGCAAAAAGAACACACUGACGAUCAAUGAGUUCAAGGAGUUGGCCACCACGCAACUCCCGAAUCUCAUGAAGGACGUUGUGGAUCUUGACGAGAAGAUGAAGAGCUUGGACGUCAACAAUGACGAGGAGCUGAAAUUCGGCGAGUUUUGGAGGCUCAUCGGGGAGCUGGCCAAAGAAAUCAAGAAAGAGAAACUGGGGAAAAAGAAGUGAGCGGGGCGUGCAUGUGUGUUUGUGAGUGUGUGUUUUUGCAGGCAAGGUGGAGGGGAGCGAACGGGACAUGGUGUCCAGAGGUGCUUGGGGGACGAGGAAGGGGGCCGCAGAUCAUGCAGAAAUAAAAUUCAUGUCGUUCGCAG